AUGUGAAACAGAGAAGAACACCCCUCACUUCCACAACUCUCUCUCUUUUGAGUCUUUCCUUCUAUCUUCCUCCAUUUUCUGUGCAGAUCUUGGGCAAGGCCUGAGCUUUAACACCACAUUCAAUAACUUCAUCAUCACCAAGAUAUGGGUUUUCUCUCCUCCUUAGCCUCUGGAUCCAUUACAAUGCGCAGCAGCUUUGCUGUUAUGCUUGUGCUGUUGGCUUUUUGCUCCACUUUUACUUCUACAGAAGCCUAUCAUCCAACUGGAAAUAUCACAAUUAAAUGGGAUGUAAUGAGCUGGACGCCAGAUGGCUAUGUUGCUGUUGUUACUAUGUUUAACUUCCAACAAUAUCGCCAUAUUCAAGCGCCAGGUUGGACAUUGGGGUGGACAUGGGCUAAGAAAGAAGUCAUUUGGAUCAUGGUCGGUGCACAAACAACAUAUCAAGGGGAUUGUUCGAGAUUUAAAGGGAACAUUCCACAUUCCUGUAGGAAGGAUCCAACGGUUGUGGAUUUAUUGCCCGGAACUCCAUACAACCUGCAGAUUGCUAAUUGCUGCAAAGGGGGAGUACUGAACCCAUGGGAAGCAAGCUCAUUCCAGGUCAGUGUGGGUGAUGCAGGAACAACUAACAAAACUGUCAGAUUACCUAAAAACUUCACCCUAAGAGCACCAGGGCAUGGAUAUACUUGUGGGCCGGCAAAGAUUGUGCGACCAAGUAAAUUUGUGACAGCAGAUAAAAGGAGAGUCACUCAAGCUUUGAUGACCUGGAAUAUUACUUGCACAUAUUCACAUAUCCUUGCUCAGAAGCGUAAAUUAUCACAUGUCCAAGACUGGACCCGAGCGUUCUAGUACUUCCAGUAAUGAAUCGGGAGAGUUCUAGCUCCAACAAAGAAAGAUAUCAUCAUACUAGGCCCUAUGGCUUAAAGAUGAUAGAUUAUGAUGCCUUGGAUCCAUUGGCCAAAGUGACCAGUUCGGCCAUGUAUGAAUGGCGGUCACAACCUGGGUCAUCACUCGUAGUAUGUAUCACUCGAGGUCAGACACGAUCAGGCCACUAGCGAUGGCUAGCUACGUACCUUGCGGGGCAUUGGAUUUGUACCAAAAGUCCUACAGGACGCCCAAACCUUUCGUAAGAGGGUUAUAUGUACAUAUAGGACAUGUGGGAAUAGUUAUGGAUUGUAAAUGAUUAUGACUAAUAUAUUGCACUCUUUAUGAGCAUGAUUUUUCUACAUUAAAAUAUUUUGUGUAUUGUACCUAAAAUUAUGCCUUAAAUACUUACAAAAUAUACUACUUAUCUCUAAUAGCGUAAUAACAGAAACAACACUCAUCAAGUUUAUCCAAAACUCAUGAUAUUUCUAAGAGCCCAUGUUAUUUAUUAUUUCAAAUUAAAACAGGCUCACUGCAUGGGCUAAGUUCCGUUAAUGAUUUAUUUAUUAAGUCAUGGUCUUACACUUUUCCACUUGUAAAACAUCUUUGUUUUACAGUUAAGCAGGGUUGUCUCAAGAGAGCAAAUUAGAAUUGUUUGCAAUAUUGGAGAUGCUAAGCAAAUGGCUUGUAAAGGCAAAUUUAUGUAUAUCAUUUUUGUAUAGAUGUAUUUGAGAUGGUAUUGUAUACUUGUCACUGUUUGUACUAGGAAAUGACACUAAGGAAAUUAGUCUUUCAGCUCAAAUCAAUGUUUUCACUUUAUGCUAUAAUUUACUCUGAUAUGUGCUGGUUUAGGUAAUUCUUUCAGUUAAUUAAUUUUGUUGCACUACUAGUAACAUUCUAUGUCAAUUACCUUAGUCAAUUAAUUUUGGGGGAGUUUCAGAAAGAUGCUAAGUGAGUGCUCAAAUUGUGCCCAUUAGUAAACACCCACAUUUCUACUGGAGAAUUAAUUAUUCAUUGUUGAACCGAGAAAAAGUUGAUCAUGUUCUGCAAACACUAGGUCAUCCCUUCUCCCUUAAUCACUCUUUACUUUCCUCAUUUCCUAUUUGUUUGUUUUAUAUUACCAUCUUGGAUAUGGUUUGAUAAAAUGCAUGAAGUAUUUCUCUCAUUACUGAUGCAGCAUAGCACCCAUGAACACCUACUGACGCAUUAUAGCAUUGUUGGAUACUUUAUCGUCACACCAUCUGGCAUAUGUGUAGUGACCAAAAUAAUUAAUUAGGCUAAGAUAGCUUGGCUAGAAAAUUAAUUGGACUCUUGGGUCACUAGGAUUAGCUGGAGGGUAUUCUAGGAAGUUUUGGGUUUCUGACCGACCGCUCGUGUAGGGGACCAGCCUGAACGUUUGUUGACUUUUGGUUGACCACUGGAUAUUGCCCAAGCGUACGACUGCAGCUCUAAAACUAUUGGGUAAACAGUACUCAAACGUUCAACACAAUAGUACCGAACGCUCGUUGCACUACACGCCAACUCCUGCAGAGUCUACGGCUUUUCCUACCCUAUAAAUACCCCCUCCCAACGCCUUUCACCAACCUAUUCUGCCCUCUAAGCCCUAGAGAAACUCUGUUUGAGUGUUGUGUGAGAUUUUGAGAGAUUUCUUUGGUGUUCUUGAAGAAGGAGGAGGAUCUCUUUGAGGAUUCUUGUUGUGUGGAGGUAAUCGUCUCUCUCUAGUGUUUUUCAUAACUUGUUAUGCUAGCCUUGUAUUUUACAAUAGCUUAGUUGUUAGAAAUUUGGAUGGAUAGGUCUUAAUCUUGUUUUAACAUUUCCUUAUCAUUUAGCGUAUUUCUUGUUACAUGGUGACGCUAUUUUGGGUUAGGAUGGAUUAGAGAUCUUUUUGUAACCUUAGAACCAGUUUAGGACUGCUUAGGAGAUCAUUGGGCCAUGUGGAGUUCUACUUGAAACUCUCUGGCAGAACGCUUGGCCUCAAGCCUGAACGUUCUCCCAGAAGCAUUUUGAAUGAAUGCCAUUUUGCCCAAUCAUUCAAAAGCCUCUGUUUUCAAAGUUCUAGGUUCGUUUUAGCUUGGACUUAGGACUAAUACUAGGUUUUUUCAUAGAUUUGGAGAACUUGAAACCACCGGAGGGAUUUUUUGAGAAUUUAUACGACCUGGGUGAGUACAAACUUACAUAGAUACUUGUUAUUUCUCCCGCAUUGCACAACUAUUUUUGUGUAUCAAAUGUGUAUUUUUAAAAUUCUUAUGAAAUACAUUUUGCUAUGUUAUGAACUAUACAUUUUGUGAAAAUGUGCUACUUAACAAGAUAACGAAUAUGAUGAGGUUGUAAGAGUAUGCAUGUAAAAUACGGACAGGACUAAUUGCAUCGUAUGACAUGGUACACCGGUACGUGUGGGAUAACGGCCAUGGGCUUACUAUACAUGUUAACUCUAUGGUCAAAUGUGGUGUGGAUGUGAUAUAUACUCCUUAAAUCCAAUGGUUAUUUCGUGACUAGAGCAGCCUUAAUUGGCGGGUCAUUAUAGGACGUACAUCAUUAGUAGUGCGGGCCACUCGAGGUCGGACUCGAUUGAGCUGCUAGUGUUAUGGACGGUAGCGUACAAUGGUCGGGGUGCCGAUAUUGUAUUACAGGUCUCCCAGGACAACGCCAACCCUGUUGAGAAUGGUAAUAUUUUAGGUAGACUAUACAGUUGAACUAUCAUUGAUUUACAUGAUUAUAACAUGUAUUGUAUUUAUACUGCAUUCAUUAAUAGUUGUCAUACCAAACUCCUACAUAAUUUGUCAAAUGGAGUUCAUUAUUAAAUUAUAUAAGUACCAUGUGCAUUUUUACUCACUAAGUCUUUAGACUUAUCCUUGUAUUUUUCUCCUCCAUUAUGUAUAAAUUGCG